GUAAGAAAUCGUGGACAUUUCUUUCUUCACUAUUUCACAUUGACUUGACUGAUGCGAGGACUCUAAAAUCCCUAACAAGUCUUCUUCUUGGCACUUGGUGAGUCUCUGGAGGGGAGAUCGUAAUCCUGAUUCCUAACUUCGACGGCUUAGCUCGGAUCAGAAGAACAGCUCUUCAAUUCUAUUUGGGCACUAGCAGAUACUAAGUUCCAACAUGAGCAAAGCAGGUGAUACUGCCAAAGCAGAAUCUGAAGGGGCCUCAGCUUCUCAAACUAGUACUUUGACGAGCUUGAAAUCAACAAUUUCCUCGCAGAUACUAAGUUCCAACAUGAGCAAAGCAGGUGCUACUCCCAAAACAGAAUCUGAAGGGGCCUCGGCUUCUCAGAUUAGAACUUUGACGAGCUUGCAAUCAACAAUUUCCUCACUUGAAUUGAUAAAUAGUUUGAGGAGGAAGAGGGAUUUGAUGAGCCUCUUGUGUAGUUACCCGCUGGACAUGAGAGUGAUCUUUGAUGAUUUCAUAUCAAAGCCAUAUUGUGAGAGCAAGCUGCCGCUUAAACUAGAAGGACUUCUUCCAAAGGAGAUAAUAAGGGAUGCUGAAAAUGGUGAUAGGUCCGGCUCCAACUUCAUCUUCGGUGAUGCCAACUUGGACUUCAUUCCAGAAGCUAUUCUCGAUAUGGCUGCUGAUCUUGCUGUCCACCAACUCAUGGAAACAUUGAUUUCCAUUUGUAAAAGCAAAAAUCCAAAGCAUGCAAAAUGCAUCAGGUUAUCAACAAGAAGUGAUGUUGAAAAGAGAACAGUCAUGGAAAAAGUAACUGCAGCCUUGAAUGACAAGCAUCAUUCACUUGACAUUCUUAAUUCAUUUCAUGGACAUCUGACUAUUGAUGCCACCGGAUAUCCAACUUCAGAAGCAGAGAAGGAACUUAAGCAACAUAUCUGUCAACUACUUCAGCUUUCAACUAUUAAAUACGAUGACAUCUUGUGCACCCUACAGAUUGAAGACGAGAUGUCAAGAAGCAGGUAUCUAGUAAUUCUUGUAGAUAGGGAUGGUGAGGAAAUUGUUGAUCCACAAAAAGUGGGACUUUAUGGUACUCUACUGACAGGAGUUUUGGUACUCAUUACCACUGACUCACCAUCAUCUCAACAGGCUAAAGAAGGAGGAUUGAAGGAUGGGUUAGUGAACUUGGAAAUACGGACAAAAGAACAUUUGCUGCCAUGGGUGGUCUUCUGUGACACUGCGGGGAAGGAGUUUGUAUAUUCAUCAGAUGCCAUCCUGACAACUGCAGUGCGCAUAGUUGAGGAGUGUCGUAGCCACCUUCAUGCAAUUCUCCUCGUGGCAAAGUGGUUGAAGAAUCAUCAAGAUGUCAGAAUGUGGGAACUUGCUCUCCACAAAUUACAAUUUACUAAUCCUUCACACGAUGUCAUCAAUUUUCAUGGUUUGAACAGCAUCAUGAUAAACACAUUCCUAAACUUAAUAUGGGAUGGCAUGAAUAAGACACAACAGAAUUGCCUCCUGAGCUGUUCAGGCAUUCCCAAAAUUAGAGAUGGCAUAGUUGAUCAUGAAUUGAUGAAUCACUGGAUGUCUUCUCUUUUUGUGGAUGCGGGAGAAACAGAAAAGAACCUAAGACAGCUAGUGGAAAAUUCCAUCUUUCUUCAAUUCGACGGUGUUGGAGGCAGGUAUAUUUGGCUACCAGAAGAAACCUAUCAAAUGUUAGAAUGGAUAUACACCUUAUACCCAUUGUUCAUAGAGAAAUCGAACCUAGGAUUGACUGAACCACCCAACACUGACAAUUGGCAUAAUGCUGUACGAAUUGAAUUAGCAGGCAAUAAAAUCUCUGAGCUACCAGAGUCCCCAGAUUGUCUGCAACUCAAAGUUUUGAUGCUGCAACGCAAUGCUGAUUUGACAAAAAUACCAUCUUCAUUUUUUUAUCACAUGCCUCUGCUUUGCAUCCUGAACUUAUCCUACAGUAGUGUAAGAGAACUGCCAUGUUCCUUGUUCUUUCUGGAGCAGCUUAGAGAACUAUAUCUGAAAGGUUGUGAAUGCUUCAUGAAAUUGCCACCUGAAAUCGGAAAUUUGGAGAAGCUUGAGAAGCUUGAUCUUGAUGAGACUCAGAUCACACAUCUGCCAAAAGAGGUCCAGAAGUUGACCAAUAUUCAAAGCUUGACCCUCUGCUUUUAUGAAUAUCAUGUUAAGAAGAACAUGCCAUAUUCCUGCUCAAUGAUUAUUCCUUCUGGCGUGCUAUCUAAACUCAACAGGUUGGAACAUUUGUGUAUUGGUGUAAACCCUGAUGAUGCGCGGUGGAAUAAAAAUGUGCAAGUCAUUCUACCAGAAAUAUUGGGAUUAGAGUGUUUGCAAACUCUCAGCAUUUAUAUCCCACAACUGGAACUUUUGAAGCUCAUACCAGCCCGCAUUUUUGAACUUGAUUUCAGGUUCAUUGUUGGUUGUCAUAUGCAGCGGAUUAUAUCAAGCAUACCACCUGCCACUGAUGUGGAAUUUAAACAAAGUGACUGCAGCUUAAAAUUUGUAAAAGGUGAGGGUGUCACAGAUGAAAUCAAAAUGCUUAUUAGACACAGCAAAGCUCUUUUCUUGGAUCGGCAUUUCACCUUAAAGAGUCUAACUGAAUUUGAAAUGAAAAAUUUAGAGCAACUACGUGUGUGCAUAUUGGCAGAAUGCAAAGAAAUGCAAACAAUUGGUGGAGGAGGUGACUUAGAUGAUAAUAUUGAUAUGCUUCCGCAUCUGCUAUUCUUAAGUAUAUUCCAGAUGAAGAAUCUAAGAAGCAUCUGGGAAGGCUCAACUCCUCCUCACUGCUUAUUUGGUAUGUUGCAGUCUUUGUCAUUGCAAAGUUGUCCCAAGUUAACGACUCUCUUCUCUUUGGAUUUUCUGGGAAAUCUUUCUUUGUUGAAGGAGCUCAUGGUGAAAGACUGUCCCAAAUUAAGUACACUAAUAAGCUAUAAGCCUUUUUCUUAUACAUGUAACCCCAGUGCCGAUACUUUCCUCCCUAAAUUGAGCAAGUUAUGGCUUCUCCAUCUUCCUGAAUUGACCAGCAUUUCGAGUGGGUUGGGCAUUGGACCUGGUUUAAAAGAAGUAGGAUUUUAUGGUUGCCCAAAGAUGCGUAAUCUUUCAAGGAAGGAAUUGGUAAGCAGAGCACUAACUGUAAUCAAGGGACAAACAAACUGGUGGAAGGCGCUAGAAGGUCGACCGUCUACAUUUGAUCAGGUUUUUUCCCCAAUCCAUGAAGAGGCGGACUUGAUGACUCAAUUAGGUACGCCAUUACAGCACACGGGGUUUGCAACUCCAGCAUCAAAUUCACCAGCUUCAAGUGGCAAGGGCCUCAAAAACAAGAAGGAUCCCAGGUUCUCCAACCUUAGAAUAUCAAUACCUAAACUCCGAUCUGCCGUUCUUUCAAAUAAAUUCUCCAGAGAGAUUCGAUACAGAGGGAUUUUGGAGAGGCCCUGGGGCCGUUACACGUCCCAGGUUUGCGAACCUGGCAAGAACAGCAUCUGGCUCGGCACCUUUGACCCUGCUGAAGAGGCCGCAGGUGCCGACGACGCAACAGCACGUGAGUUCCCCGGCCAUAAGGCCAAAACCAAUUUCCCCAGCCAGAGUAGUAUCCUCUACUCCAACACCUUCGAUGCCGCCGAGGAGUCUGCAAAUUCUGCAAAUGUUACUCAUCCCUAUGACAAGGCGACACGUGAGUUCAUGAAUCUUUACACAUCCCUAUGACAUGGCGACACGUGAGUUCA